CGCCGCGCGCCGCAGUCAGUGCCGCUUACUCACCGAAAAGUCACCAAGCACCGGUUCGGUUCGGCUCGCUCCGCGUCGAAGGGAUUCUCGGCCGACCUUGCGCCCGUUGCAACCGGUCCGCCGCCAGGGGCGCCCCCGCCUUUGGCCGUCGUCGUCAGCUGAUCCGCUCGUUUUUUGCGCCCGUUUUUUCGCCCGGGCCCGCGCCGCUAUGAACCACGCGGAAUCUCCCAGUGCCGCGUUUUCGGAGCAUUUUUUCUACCCGCCGUACUUCACCCGCCUGUGUGAAGGCGCAUUCUAACCUCAAUUCGAACUUCCCAUGAAAGCGUUUCCGAAGUGUCCUGGAUUUUGCAUGCAAGAAACAAGUUCGAAAGUCGUUGCACCGAAACACGCUGUUUCUGAAUUUUACUUCGAACCAGUUCUGAGCAACUUCUUAGAAAAUGGUGAAAUUUUGCUGCUACCUAUAAGUUGCCAACUUCCAAAUUUAUAGUGUCUAAGACUUUGCAUGCGAAAAAAGGUUGAAAAGCCACUGAAUCGAAAUACGCUGUAUCUGAAACCUAACUUGGUUCAAUUUCAAGCGAUUUCCUCACAAAAAUUGUGAAAUUCUGACGCUACCUAAAAAUUUUUCCUCUACGAACUUGUAAAAUGUGCUAGAUUUUGCUUGCGAAAUGAAACAACGACAGUUGUUGGGAUGAAACACUCAAUUCCAAAACCUUAAUUUGAUUAAAUUACCAACAACCUCCUAAAAACUGCGAACUUUUCAAGCUAUUUAAAACUUGUCUAUUUCCAUCCUAAAAUCUCUGAAUCUUAGCAGAUGUGAUUAAAAAUGCAGCAGGUGAAGAAGCAUUCAUGAGUAAACCUUCCAGUUGCAUAAUUAUCGCACCAGUGAUGAAAUUUUGCCUUAAAUUACUACUUAGUUAUAUACGGUCCGGCGAUAAUUUCGAUGCCAUUAACUGCCAAGUUUAAAAGAACAAUAGACACAAUCAGUUUCAACGGCCACCGCACUUUAUGGCUUUACCUUUGACAAUAUUAUGUUCCAGACUAUUUUAUGACCCAGCUGAAUCACUCCUUUCGGCCAUUCAAAGCAGAAGCUUAAUGUUCCUUGAUUACAACGAAGCGUCCCCGAGUCUUGGGGGUUUUGAAAUUAGUUAUCGCGGAGACUAAUAAGUGCCUGGUCGGGCAUCUUCCUAGCGCAUCGACACAUUACGUCAAGCGAGCACAAAGUUCCUCGAAACGUUGGCUUCUCAAUUUCUCCGCUCACGGAAAGUUUCGAACUAUGAUUCUUGCGCUGCGCGCAAUCGGUUAGUUGUUUUUUGUGCCCUCUCGUUCAAGUCUCCGAUGUUGAUUUUGCUUAUAGGCGUCGUGCCUACUGCGAACAAAAAGGUUUAACCUAAAAAACACAAGUUUUUAAUUCGGUUGUUUUUGGACUCCGUCGUCAACGUCCUCGAAACCGAUUUUUCCGGCAUACGUUGCGCUUUUUUGGCGAGUCGCGAACGAGUUGGGAGUUGUCUGUGCGUGCGAAUUCUCGGCGUUCGCGAGUGCGGUCCGCGAGUGAAAGUUGUUCCGGUCCAAGGAUAACGGCCCAAGCUUUGACUCCAACAUUUAACUGCAAGAGCGCCCCAAAGACUUAGCCAUUAUGAAAUUAAACACAGUUUGGUAUUGCUAUACGCUAUUAUGUAUAGUAAUAUUUCACACAGUAGUCGCAUCUCCUUAUGCUGCUCGAAGAAUAGCGAGAUCAGUAGAAGUAGUAGAUGCAGGGUCGUCGGCUGUAGAUCAACCCGCAACGCUAGAUGAUGAUGUUUUCGGAGAAAACUCACAUCACGGUGGAGAGAAAGACAAAAGGCUAAUUAAUCCCUUAAAAAAAAUUAAACCCCUAAAAAUAGGGGCUGGUGCCCUGAAAGCGGGUGCUCUAGGCGUAGGGUUAAAGGCUGCCUCUAAAAUCGGAAAGGUUGGAGUCAAAGCCGCUGCUACGCUUGGAAUCAAAGCUCUCAUCAUCAAUCUACUUUUCGGGCAAAUCAAUAAAAUAAUAGAUUUUAAGACUCGCCUUUUAACUCAGUUGGACCAACAAAAUAGACUAAAGAACGCACAAUACUUGGGAAUUGGUUUGCCCGAACAUAAACCAAUCCCUGCAACCAACCCCGUGAACCAGGGGAGCCGGGGGAGCAAUGCAGGGAGCGCGGGACGGGACAACGACAGCGGGGACAACUCGACGACGACGGAGCUGCCGCCUUUCGACCGGGAAAAGGUGGCCCUUCAGAUCCCCAACACUUUCGUGGGGCCCGCCUUCAACGUCGUCAACGGAGCCUCGCAGAUCAUCGGCAACGUCCUUCAGAACUUCGCAGGGCGGAUAGCGCGGCUGAUCGAGGCGCUGAAGCCGCUUUUCCGGCUGAAAUUGGGCAUCAGAUCCCGGAAACGGGAAACUGACGCCGACGGCGAGGAGACCGGCCACGAAAGCGGAGAUCUCGGCUCCGACGCUAGCGCAGCCAGCGAGGAGGUGGUCAAAUUCAGCAACACCCCGACCUCACCGGAAGCGGGCGACCAGCCCGAGAAGAGCAACGUCAAAACUAGCUACACCGCACUCUCUUCCUCGUAGUCGAUGAUUACUUUCGAAGCACCAAGAGUGCAAAAGGACUGAGCUCAACACUGCCGUGCUAAAGCCCUCGUCCCGCGAUCAAAUGAACUCAUCGAAUGCAAGAUGGCGGAGAUGCGUACUGGUUUUCGCGCAAGUCCGCUAUCAAAUGUUAUGGCCUGGACACGAUCAAAUUCCCGUCAAAUUCCGAUCAAACGGUGACUGGUGCGCACCAUCUAACAUCAAAUUUCUGCGGCCUGCAAAAAUUUGAUGGUAGAUGAUGGAACUGUGGGGCUCACCCUUCAUCUGAUUUCCACACAACCGUGCUUAUUUCA